AUGGUACCGGUACCCGUUAACGUCAAACCUGCCGAGUUCUGCAAAUUCAUCAAAAAAAUGUUACGUAUUCGAACCAAAGUAAAAAUUAACAACCAACAUAACAGUAUUAGUCUUGAAAACCCUCGAGUUUUCACAACAGGAAGCCAAAAAAAUGUUGCAGAGAAUGUAGGGCCUCAGAACACGAGGACGAUUGCGUUUCGGGGCAAUUUUGCUAUCAAAGGUGCUAUCGUUUACGAAAUCCAAAACGUGACGCAAAAACCUCAUUAUCUCGUAAUUACGUGGGCCGUCAAAGGCUGGUUGAGAUGUGGGAAAAAUUCAGUAACAUGUCAUGUGCUCAAUAAUUUGGAUGAUGAACCGCUCGAACAGUUGUAUAAACAACUACACACGCGACAAAACAGACAAUAUGUUGGAGCAAACGCUGUUCCUAUGCAUCAAUUUGCUUACCGUAUUUCUGGAGGAAUCAGCAAUGGGGCCAACGCAGAAAUAGCUAUCACACUUCAAUGA